AUGGAAGCUUCCUGGCGCCAGGUGGCCGGUGGUCGAGGCCGAGCCCGAGGACGAGCCACUGCGGCCCCCUCCUCAGGAAAUGGAGUCCAUCUCCGCGGCGCCGGAGGAGGGCGGGAGAAGGGGUCGGUGGGCGCUGCUGGUCCUGGCCGCAGCCCCGGAGGAGCGGCCACCCCUGCGGCUGCAGGUAGCUCAGCGCGGCGCAGCCCCGCGGGGUCUGAAGCGUCGCAGACUUCCGUGGCCGGUGAGCUAAUGUCUCAAAAGAAAUUUGAGGAAAUCAAGAAGGCUAAUCAGGCUGCAGCCAAAAAAAUUGUUGAAGGACACUUUAGCUCUUCAUCUGAAGAAGAAGGGGAUGAAGAUUUUGAAGGAAAAAGAGGAAAAAUAGUUGCUAAUACGUUUAUAACUUAUACUACUCAGACAGAUGGAGAUGUACGAGAAUUAGAGCGAACGAAACAAUACUUAAAUGAAGCUUUUCAAGCCGGGGCUAUGACAUGCUUAAUUUGUAUUGCUUCAGUGAAGAGAAACCAAGCAGUUUGGAGUUGUUCAGGAUGUUUCUGUAUAUUUCACAUGCCCUGUAUCCAGAAGUGGGCUAAAGACAGCCAGUUUCUGGUAUCUUCUCUGACGGAUGAUGAUUUUGGAAAGAGAGAUUAUCCCUGGCCUUGUCCCAAAUGUAGGUUUGAAUACAAACGAUCUGACACACCUAGUAGGUACUAUUGCUAUUGUGGAAAAGUGGAAGAUCCACCUUUAGAUCCGUGGCUCGUGCCUCAUUCGUGUGGCCAAGUAUGUGAGAGAGAUUUUAAACCUUCUUGUGGCCAUAAGUGUUUACUCCUCUGCCAUCCAGGUCCUUGCCCCCCUUGUCCCAAGAUGGUCACAACUACUUGCUAUUGUAAGAAAGCAAAACCUAUCCCUCGCCGGUGCAGUGCUAAGGAAUGGUCCUGUCAGCUGCCAUGUGGACGGAAAUUGCUUUGUGGACAGCAUAAAUGUGAAAAUCCUUGUCAUGCAGGAAGUUGCCCACCCUGUCCAAGAGUUAGUAGACAAAAGUGUGUCUGUGGCAAACGAGUAGCUGAAAGAAGCUGUGCAAGUCCACUGUGGCACUGUGAUCAAGUGUGUGGGAAAACACUACCAUGUGGUAAUCAUACGUGUGAGCAAGUUUGCCAUGUAGGUGCUUGUGGAGAUUGUCCUCGAUCUGGGAAAAGGUUCUGUCCGUGUCAGAAGUCAAAAUUUUCCUUGCCUUGUACAGAAGAUGUACCAACUUGUGGAGACAGUUGUGACAAAGUACUUGAAUGUGGAAUCCAUAGAUGUUCACAGCGUUGUCACCGAGGCCCUUGUGAAACAUGUAGACAAGAAGUGGAAAAGCAUUGUCGCUGUGGGAAGCAUACAAAACGAAUGCCGUGCCAUAAACCUUAUCUUUGUGAAACUAAGUGUGUUAAGAUGCGGGACUGUCAGAAGCAUCAGUGUAGGAGAAAGUGUUGCCCUGGAAACUGUCCACCUUGUGAUCAAAACUGUGGACGGACUUUAGGAUGUAGAAACCAUAAGUGUCCAUCUGUCUGCCAUAGAGGUAGUUGUUACCCUUGCCCAGAGACUGUAGAUGUGAAGUGCAAUUGUGGUAAUACAAAGGUGACAGUACCCUGUGGCCGAGAACGUACCACAAGACCCCCCAAGUGCAAAGAACAGUGCGGUCGGCCACCAACUUGCCAUCAUACAAGUCAAGAAAAACAUCGCUGUCACUUUGGUUCUUGUCCUCCAUGUCGUCAACCUUGCCAGAAGGUUUUGGAGAAAUGUGGUCACUUAUGUCCUGCUCCAUGUCAUGAUCAAGCAUUAAUAAAGCAAACUGGCAGGCACCAGCCUACAGGCCCUUGGGAACAGCCUUCUGAACCAGCAUUUAUUCAGACUGCAUUGCCUUGUCCUCCAUGUCAAGUUCCUAUUCCUAUGGAAUGUCUUGGAAAACAUGAGGUGAGCCCUCUACCAUGUCAUGCUGUAGGACCGUAUUCUUGUAAAAGAGUUUGUGGACGAACCUUAACUUGUCAGAAUCAUGUAUGUAUGAAAGAGUGUCACAAAGUAACUGAAACAGAUUCCUGCACUGACAAAAAAAAGGCUGGCCCAGAAUGCCUUCACUGUGAAGAAGGGUGCUCUAAAUCACGGCCGUCGGGUUGUCCUCAUCCGUGUGUCCUGCCAUGUCACCCUGGAGAGUGUCCUCCAUGUGUUCAGAUGCUUAGAAUAAAAUGUCACUGCAAGAUCACAAGUCUUUAUGUGGAAUGUAGAAAAAUAACCACAGCUGAUGUAAAUGAAAAGAAUCUAUUGAGUUGUUGCAAAAAUCAGUGUCCUAAAGAGCUUCCUUGUGGUCAUAGAUGCAAAGAAAUGUGUCAUCCUGGUGAAUGUCCCUUUAAUUGCAACCAAAAGGUGAAACUUAGAUGUCCUUGUAAAAGAAUAAAAAAGGAAGUGCAGUGCAACAAAGUACGUGAAAAUCAGAUUUCCAUAGAAUGUGACACAACAUGCAAAGAAAUGAAGCAGAAAGCAUCUGAGUUAAAAGAAGCAGAAGCCAAAGCUGCCCUUGAAGAGGAAAAACGAAGACAACAGGCUGAACUGGAAGCUUUUGAAAACAGACUGAAGGGUCGUCGGAAGAAGAACAGGAAGAAAGAUGAAGUGGCAGUUGAGCUAACCCUAUGGCAGAAAUAUAAAUAUUACCUCUUUCCACUGUGUGCAAUUGUGGUAGUAGUGUUUGCAUGGUACAUAGCCCAUGCUGUGGAUUAAAAAAUGUUUGACUUGUUAAUAUACCUCAGAUUAGAUUUAGAUAAGUUGUUAAAUUUGGAAUAUUAGAAAGCAGAUGCUGUAGAACACAAUAUAUAUUCACAUUCAUCUCUGUAUUCUCUUUGAACUCUUGUUAGAAGGAUAGAAUGUUAAGCUUUACCUUAAUUAGCAUCCUAAA